AUGAGGCCGCUCGUCCACCGGCUCCAUGCCUUCAAUCGAAACAUCUCAACACAUCAUGCCGCCCCUUCAUUGGAAGCGGGCAUCGCUCAAAUCCUGCACAAGAGCAAAGACGUACCAGACCACCUCUCCCCUACCUCUUCACAUUUGCUAAACCUCCUGUUCUCUGACAUCUUCGCUGCGUCCUCAAAAACAUCUUCCCGGGAGUACCCUCCUGCUGCAAAAUCUGCCGCAUUCCUCCCGCAGGGCCACCACCUCGCUUAUUUCCCACUCCAGUCCCCGCCCUCAGAGCUGAUGCCGGACGGCACAGACCCAGACCACUGCCCGGGCGCGCCCUUCACCCGCCGUCUCUGGGCGGGGGGCGAGGUGAGGUUUCGCGAGGGCUGGGAGGAUGAGCUGCGUCUGGACAGCAGACGCGUCAGCUGUGUCGAGAGCGUGGAGGAUGUCCGGCCUGAGAAGGGCCGGGUAUGGGUUGAGCUGUGGCGGCGGUACGGCGCUGCUGCCGCGGCGGGCAAGGGCCCUGCGAUUGAGGAAAGGAGGACUCUGGCCUUUUUGCCUGACACAGAUACGCCGUUCUCUCCCAGGCGAAGUUUGAAACCGCCGCAUCAGCCGACGUAUUCUCUCGCCAUCACACCUUCGCAGAACCUCCUGACGAACUUCAGCGCGUUGACGUAUAAUGCUCACGCCAUCCAUCUAGAUCCGGCGUGGGCUAGGCAGGAGGGUCACCCGGCGACACUGGUCCAUGGGCCGCUGACCCUGGCUCUCGUGCUUGCAUUUUUUAACCAGAGAGGCCAGCGGGUAAGAUGGUACGGAUAUCGAAACUUGGCACCGCUUUAUUGCGGCCGGGAGAUGACAGUAUGUUUGAGGGAGAAGGAUGACGGUGAAGAGAAGAAGUGGGAUGUUUGGAUUCAGGAUGCUGAAGGAGGAAUGGCCGUGAAGGGCACCGCUACGACUGUUGAUGGCUAG